AUGAUUUUAACGUGUUAUUUUCCAAUGCUCCGCGUUAUACAAGCAAUCGGUUUCAGACCAGGAGCCGAAUUUUUGUCCGUGGGUGUUCAACGAUCGGAUAGGGACAACUCGAUUGGAAGAAAUCGCUCACCGGAUGUGAGUUCCAGACGAAAGCGGCGACAUGACGAUGACAACGAUCGCGGUGAUGAGCGAGACCGUGGUCGCGGCGGGUGGUCGGAAACGAACGAGCGUCGCGGUGGGCGCGAUGACCACCCGCCUCACGCUGAUGGCUUGGAUAACAACCUAGAGGAUCUCUCAAAUAAUCCGGCAGAACUGCAACGACGUUGCACUGCUCACAUUGCGUUGAGUGAAAACCAGGCUGCCAGUGUUAAUGAUGAUCAGCUGCUCAGUGCGGUCACCGAGGCCCUAUACCUGCUCACUAAUGCGCAACGACUGUGCAAAAAGCGCGAGAAGUUGCUCAAUGAGAUGAAGGCGAUGCGACAAGGAGAAGUAGAUAUGAUGAAAGUGAUACACGCUGAUUUACCAGCUCAUCUGCAAUCGGUGGUGAGGAUUGAAGGAGACAACGUCUUCAUAAAUGAAUCGGGUCUUGGUGGUUUGCCGGCUUCGACAACUGCCGCCCCGCAGUUCACCCAGUUUCCCCCUUCUACUGUUCCUCCUACAAUGUACAUUAACCCGGGCACGGCGCCACCCGUCGGCAUGUCUUCAUUCAUGGUACCUACUACUAUACCACCGAUGAUGCCCUCAAAAUCCAAUGUUCCAGGCAUCCCUCCUCCCAUGCCAUCAGGCAUGCUUGUGCCAGGCAUCGAGACGUCGUCGGCAUCUGUAUCGGUUCCUCCACCGGCUAAGUCUGUGUCUCCUGAUCUGGAUCCUGGUGCGGAGUCGAUGGGUUCUUCAUUUAUGCCGUCAACGUUCUCCCAUCCACCUCCUCCCAUUUCGUCAGGUCCAGCACCCAGUGCCCCUCUUCAUGUUCGCCCUUCGUCUCCCAAUGCAGCCGUUUCUGGUCUACCCGAUUUUUCCAAGCCUCCACCAUCAAUGCGUCCUGUCAAUGGAACGUCAAACGGUUCACUUCCGAAGACGGCGUCAAGUAAUGCCCUGCCUGACGUUGCGGUAGCACCGAAUCGAAGUAGUGCUCCGCCAGCUAUGGCUUCUGCAACAGUCCCUCCGCCAAGUGCUGCCCCACCACUUAAUUUCAAUGUGCCACCGCCGAAUGUUGCAAGUGGUUCCGGUACUGCAAGAGCCCCUUAUAUGCAACCAUCGAGUUUUCUUGGCCCUCCGCCAGGUAAGUGUUUCAAAGGACUUACGGUAUCAUCGACACGUGUAGUAGAAAGCCAUAGUAAUCGUUUAGGCACGUCAAACCCCGCACUUGCCCAAGACUUCACUAAGACAAUUACGAAUAUGAUAACGUCAGCGCUGAAAGCUCCUGCGAAUGCGGGUGUCAACGCGUUUGGUGCACGACCUGGCAUGAGAACAUAUGUUGGUCCAGGUAUGAGUUUAAUGGGUAAUGGUCCACCUCCGCCGAACAUGCAUGACAAUGGUGGCAGUGGUGACGGAGAUUGGACGAGCAAUCGCCGAGGGUAUCAGUACCGAGGCAAAUCCAAUUAUGGCAAACGUCAAGGGAAUGAUCGGCGA